GGAAGAAGGGAUCUCCAAAUGAAACCUUGAGAGAGAAGAAUAGAGAUGGCGAGAGAGAAGAGGUGUGUACAGUGUGGGCACAGAGUUAAAUCAUUGUUAAUCCAAUACUCUCCUGGCAACUUUCGCCUCAUGAAAUGCGAGAAUUGCAACGAAGUAGCAGACGAAUACAUCGAGUGUGAGCUAAUGAUUAUAUUCAUCGACUUGAUUCUUCACAAACCAAAGGCUUAUAGACACUUACUCUACAAUGUGUUCACUCAAGAAACUGUCUAUCUUCAGCAUCUGUUGUGGAAGAUGGUCUUGGCUUAUCUUCUUCUAGAUACCUAUAGAAGCUUGCUGUUGCGAAGAACCAAUGGUGAGUCAAGCGUGCCCAUGAACUCUAUUCUUGCAUCUCUAGAGGUUCUGGUUAAUGUGUUAUCUGCAAAUUUUGCAUUUGUUUUAUCAUUUGCACUUGCUUCCAAGAUUAUACCAAUCGGUGCGUCUAGAAGAAAAGAGAUUCUUUUGGGGAUCUUUAUCUCCAGUUACAUCAAGAUCUUUCUAAUUGCUAUGCCGGUUUGGGGAUUCCCGGUUUCAGUGAUCUUCAUUGUAGAUUUGCUUGUCUUAACAUCAAACGCAGUUGCUCUUAAAGUGAUGACUAAAUCAACAACGAGCAGAUGCUUAGCCGCGUGUUUCAUGGCACACUCGGUUAAAUUCUUGGUGGAACAUAUGAACAUUUUGAUCAUAUGUUCGUAAAGAUAAAUGUAAGGAUCUUGACACACAUUUAUUUUAAUCCACUCCUUUUUGGAUGAUUCAGACGCUGUCUUACAGUGAAAUUUAAGAUUGCGACCGCUAAAAGACAGUAACUUCAGACCCAAGUAAAGCUAUUUUCCCAAUUUGAUACA